CCCAUGAUGUAGGGGAACACUACCGUCUAAACAUACCCCACUGAAGAAUACUCGGUGUAGACUAGAAUAACCAGACACCAAACACUCCCAUUUAAUUUGAAGCCUUCGGGUAUAUUGCCGAACAUAAUUGAUUAGAAAUUACAGUAAAAACAGAAACGAUUUAAGUGUCAGCUGAAGAUCAGGUCAUCUUUGAUAAUGGGAUGUUUUUGGGGUCAUAUCUUCAUAGGAACAGUGUUUAUCAAGAUGUCCUUAUGGUGGACAUAUCACGCAUUUAGACAGCAUAUUCGGUGUGUGAGUCAAGGAAAGGAAUUUAUUCCGCAAACCUACUUCGGGUCAUCCAAAUGUUGUGUGAAGAAUAGACGACUACCCCCAGUUGAAAUUUGUGCCCGUAUUUUACUGCCCGUAAUAGGAUUUCUAAGCGAAUUUUUCGCUGCAGGAUUCGGAUUUAAGGAUGAGAAUGGAGAUUUUCGGAAAACCAUCAAUAUGGCACAUUGCAGUCUGUAUGGAUUGUUUGUUAUACAGGGAUUUGUGGAGUUGAUAUCGUGGAUGCGAUUUCCGGUACCCAAGAAUCUCAACUACUUAUUAUUAGCCAUUUCCUUCCUUUGGUUUGCUGUGGGGUUUUAUCUUCAUGAACUUCACGCAGAGAACAAAAUGCCUUUAGAGCGAAUAUGCCAUCAGCUACAAAUCAUAUCGUUGGUGCCUACUGGUGUUGCCCUGUUGUUUGAAAUGGUUUAUAGAAAGGGAUUUACAACGGUUUUUGUACGUAUAUUAGGAGGGAUGACAGUGGGUUCCUGGUUUAUUCAAAUGUCGUUCAUGCUCUUCAUACAUGAUGGUCGGUUUCCAGGAACUGAACCUGCUCCACAAUGGAAUCAAAGGGAUAUGCGGAAUGUUCAUUUUGCCAUGGCAGCUUAUGGUGCUCACAUAGCCAUGAAUAUCGUUAUACUGUUAACGUUUUAUCUCUUCCUAGCGUUUGUAUACAGGCGGUCGCAUGGAUUAGAGUUUGUGCUGACAGCAGAUGGUGAUAAAAUUCAAUACAAAGACAUAACGCGAGGGAAGAAAGCUGUAUAUGAUGAGAACAUCAAUUUAUCCCUGCUGUGUGAGGAUUAUGAGGGCACAGAUUAAAUACGUAUCAAGAUAUUAUUCCGUCUUUUUUAGCUUAGACGUUAAACUCGCAUCUCAUUUAAUUAUUUUUUUUUAUAAUAAAUGGUAUAGAAAAUGUU